ACCAAGUAGUCCGAAACGUAUACUCAACUUGCCCCACUUUCAUCUUUAAAAUCCUCCCCACACAGUCCAUUUUCUGACCAGCCAUUAAUUCCUCAUCUAUGGACUUAAGUGGCAUAUCUAAACCUCCAAAAUUCAUUUGAAUCCUUCUUUUUUCUAAUUAAAAAUGAAGUUUUUUAAUCUCUUGAAAAGCAGACAUGUCAGAUCCUGCUCCUCUCCUUCAUCAUGGGCCUGGCCAUCCUGCCACCAACCCAAAACCCUCUCUUUCAGAGUCACCGCCACCAAUACCAACAAUAACAAAAACAACGAUGAUGAUGACAACAACAUGAGAGACAUUAACUUAGCGUUAGUGUCACAAACUCCAGAAUCGUUCUUCACCGAGUCACCAGACUCGGCGAGCUUCUCGACAACCUCGGAGUUCUCCCGUGGCGUGGACCCCAUCGAGACGGUGAUUCGCGGCCUGCGUUCGGAUCGACUCUUCUUCGAUCGGGACGAUGCAAGCUUCAUGUUAGAGGGCAAACCGACGACGACCAGCCACCUGGAGCCGUUCAAAAACAGCGUCGUUUUGACGAUGGACUCGGAGGACCCUCACGUGGAUUUCCGCAAGUCCAUGGAGGAGAUGGUGGAGACUCUCGGCGUCGAAGACUGGGAGAGUCUCGAGGACCUUCUGUGCUGGUACCUGCAGGCCAACGCCAAGAGCAACCAUGAGUACAUCAUUGGCGCUUUCGUCGAUUUGUUGUUCUAUCUCGCUGUUCCAAAUUCACCUUGCUCACAAGACUUUGAACAUUCUCAUUCUCGUCCUUUUUCUCCUUUAUCGUUUUAUAGUUCUUCUUCUUCUUCUUCUCCCUCAUCUUCAUGCAGCACUCGCUGUAAUAUAAAAGGUGAAGUGGAAGAGGAAGAGGAGGAGGUUGGUGCUUGUAGUUCUUCUUUUUCUUUAGCGCAGGGUAAGGAGGAGAUUACACCUGAAGAUGAAGUUGCUUCAUCUUCUAACAACUGAUUUUAAUGGUAGUGGACUGAAUUGUAUGUAAACAAUUGGCACAGGAAAAGAGUAUAAUUAGUGACAUCAAAAUUUUAAUUUUUGUUGCAAUAGUGUGUGACUUCCAUGGUUUUCGCCUUGUUCCUCUCCCUCACACAAUCUGUGUGCCGUUGAGGCCACACAUGUGGGGGAAUAGCAAGUGUGUGAUACUCAUAGGCCUGCUUAAUUUUUGUUUAUUUGAAAUUACAGUCAGACAUUAAAUGUCAACCUUUUUUUUAA